AAACAAGAAGCAAACAGCCUCAAAGGACAUCGUGAAAAACAGAACACGAUCGCUUUAAGGCUCAAAGUCGAGUUCAUCGAAAGUUUUCAGACAGAAGCUAGAGAUGGAAGUUUCCGGCGUCGUUCUCCGACAGAUUCCGUGCGUCUCAAGCUCCGUCACCGACGGCCGUUACUCCGGUCUCCGAUUUUCCGGCAACACGAGGACGACGACGGUCGGGUUUAGGACGAGGAGAUUCAGAGGGAUCACGUGUAAUAACGAGUUUGCCGAUAAAGGGCACAUGAGUUACUAUUCUGGGACGACGACGACGAGAUGCGGCGGGGAGGGGAAGGAUAAGGUGAAGGUUAUGGAGAAGGAGAAGAAGAAGGAGAUGAAGAAGAAGGCUAAGGUUCUUAAUGCUCUUUCUAAGAACUUGAAUAUGUUUUCAAGCAUAGGGUUUGGUCUUGAUCCGGAAGCCGGUUUGGUCUCUGAGAUUCAGAACAAGACGAUCUCGGAAGCGACAGAGAUUCUGGUUAAGCAGCUGGAUCAGUUGAAAGCAGAGGAGAAGCUAUUGAAGAAACAGAGGAAAGAAGAAAAGGCAAAAGCUAAAGCUUUGAAGAUGAUGACUGAGAUGGACUCUGAAUCUUCUUCUUCUUCGUCUGAAUCAAGUGACAGUGAUUGUGGGAAAGGGAAAGUUGUUGACAUGAGCUCUUUCAGAAACAAGGCGAUUCUCGAGCCGUUACAACCAGAGUCUGGAGUAGCAACCCUUCCUAGAAUCCAAGAAGAUUCUUGCAAGAACACCGGUGAAGCAUUGAAGCUCGCUCUGCUGCAAUCAGCUGCUGCAUCCACGGCUUUUCCCUCAGUUGUUAAUCCUGGAUUGCCAUUGAAGACGGUGGAAGCAGUUCCGGUUGUUGGAUUGCCGUCGAAGAGAAUAGAAGUCUGUAUGGGAGGAAAGUGCAAGAAAUCAGGAGGAGCUGUGUUGUUGGAUGAGUUUCAGAAGGCGAUGACGGGGAUGGAAGGAUCUGCUGUGGCUUGCAAGUGCAUGGGGAAGUGUAGAGAUGGUCCAAACGUUAGAGUGGUGAACGAGACCGAUGCUGUGAUGACUGAUUCAGUCAGAACACCUUCCAAGACCGUUUGUGUAGGAGUUGGGUUGCAGGAUGUGGAAACUAUUGUCACAAGUUUUUUUGGUGAAUAAUGCAGGAGAGAAGGUUUUGGAUCAUGCCUCGUAUGGAAAGUGUUUAAACAUAUGAUCAAAUUGAUAUAUGCAUAGUAUGGUGUUCUUUUUCUCAUUGUACAUAAAUGUCUUCGUGUGCAUUUUCGAGUGGAACAUUGAUAAUAUAAACCUCUUUUCUGUA